UUUGCUUCUUAGCCCUUGCACACAUGGAGUUUAGAAGCAUUCACAAAGAAAGUGCUUUCAUUACUAAUCAAGAAGUCUAUCCAGUGAAGUUUGUUGUCUUUGCUGUCACAGUAGUUCAGUCGUUUAGCAAUGAUACCUAUGAAGAAGAUGACUUUGUCAAUAAAAGAGCAUCCCUGAAACCAAAGGAGAAUGGGACGUCAGCGAUCAGCUGUCCAGGAGCAACUACAGUGAAAAAGGAAGGUGUAAAACCACGAGCUAAAAGCAAACCGUUAUCUCCAGUGAAGCAGACUCCCAUCUCAGCACUUGAUUACUUUGGGACGAGUAGUGUCCAACGAUCAGAAAGGAAACUGGUAGCAAGUAAAAGGAAAGAACCUUCACAAAGCAGCGACAGCACACUGGAUGAUGAGGCCAUUGCUAGGCAACUGCAGCUUGAAGAAGAUUCAGAGCUGGAGAGACAGCUGCAUGAAGAUGAAGAAUUUGCUAAAACAUUGGCCAUGUUAGAUGAAGUGCCACAGAAGAAAAAGGCUCGGAAAGAUUCAGGAGGAGAGCAAACAGUAUUGAGCAUCAAGAGCAGUCCUAAUGUGACAGAAAGAUCUAAGCAGUCAGAAAGAGUGAAAGCAACAAACUCAACAGGUGAAGCAAAGAAUUACACUGCGAAGCAGCAAGCUAAAUCUGAACACUCCAAAGGCUCUAAUUUAUCCCCACCCUCAUCUGAUGGUAAAAUAGCAAGAGAGUUAACUGAUAAGACCUUGCCUUUGAAACCUAGCUCUAAGCUUGUUUCUCUGAAACAAAAAGAAGAGAUUGCUGAAAGAGGUGCCCAAAGUUCAGUAUCAAAAGAAAAAACUUCUUCAGGGAAAGAAGAGAAGACAACACCAAAGAAGCAGAAAAUUUCUCCCAAGAAGAGUGAGUCUGUAAGUCCUGAGGACUCGGAGAAGAAGCGGAUUAAUUAUCAAGCCUAUCGAAGCUUCCUUAAUCGUGAGGGUCCGAAAGCGUUGGGCUCCAAAGAGAUACCUCAGGGAGCUGAAAACUGCUUGGAGGGCCUGACAUUCGUCAUUACAGGCGUUCUGGAGUGCAUUGAAAGAGAUGAGGCUAAGUCUCUGAUCGAACGUUAUGGAGGAAAAGUAACUGGCAAUGUCAGCAAGAAGACAAAUUACCUGGUUAUGGGGCGAGACUGUGGCCAAUCUAAAUGUGAAAAGGCAUCAGCUUUAGGGACAAAAAUUAUUGAUGAGGAUGGCCUGUUUGAUCUUAUUCGAACUAUGCCAGGCAAAAAGUCCAAGUAUGAGCUGGCAGCUGAAACAGAG